ACUUUUAUGUAAAACCAACAUGGCGGCCGCCUGCGCCAGAACCCUCUGUAAGGUCGGCUGGAAUAUUUUGGAGUCUCCAGCCUCCCGCCGGCCCGGUACUGUCUCCUACCUGCUGGGGAAUGUGAGCGCACACGGGUCCAGGAGGGCGUACGGUACCGGCGGGCCGGGGGUCCGCUCCAAACUGCUGUCCUCCCUGCGGGGAGGAGGAGGCAGGGUGCUGGGCUGUGCCUUCAUGCUCGGUGGAGGUUUGGGUUUGUACCAGGCUGUGAAGUUCAGGUUCCAGCAGCACCUGGCCGAGGAGGAGCACAAGGUUUCCAGAGGAGGAGGUGUGAGGUUGACCCUGUACCAGUACAAGACCUGCCCCUUCUGCAGCAAGGUGCGAGCGUUUCUGGACUACCAUCAGCUGCCGUAUGAGAUUGUGGAGGUGAACCCGGUGAUGAGGCAGGAGAUCAAGUGGUCUGCCUACAGAAAAGUACCAAUCCUGAUGGUGGAUGGCGAAGUGCAACUGAAUGACUCGUCUGUCAUCAUCAGCUCCCUCAAGACAUUUCUAAUCAAAAAGGACAAAAGUAUGUCUGAGAUCCUUUGCUGCUACCCCGAGCUGAAGUCGGUGAACGACAGUGGGAAGAAGGUGACAGAGUACUCCAACAAGUACUGGUUGAUGCUGAGUGAGGCCGAGACCACUGCGGUUUACCCCGAGAAGGGAAUGCAGAAAGAGGAGAUGAAGUGGCGUCAGUGGGCCGAUGAUUGGCUUGUGCAUCUUAUAUCUCCCAACGUGUACCGAACUGCCGGCGAGGCCCUGGCCUCCUUUGACUACAUCGUACGCGAGGGCAAGUUCAGCACUUUCGAAGGUUUCUUUGCCAAAUAUGUCGGCGCCGCGGCCAUGUUUCUCAUCUCCAAAAGGCUGAAAAGUCGACACAACCUGCAGGACGAUGUCAGGCAGGAUCUGUACAGGGCUGUCGACGACUGGGUGGCAGCCAUCGGGAAGAAGAGGAAGUUCAUGGGUGGAGAUCAACCCAACCUGGCAGACCUGGCAGUGUUUGGUGUGCUCAGAGUGAUGGAGGGCCUGCAGGCAUUUGACGACAUGAUGGAGAACACCAAGGUCAAACAAUGGUACAGACGCAUGGAGAGAGCCUCGCUCAACUGCGAGGGCCGCGAUUGAAGCAGGAGUGAAGUGGAACGGGUGAAGGAGACCACAGGAGGCCACAGGAGACCACAGGAGACUGAGUGCUUCCAGCUUAAAAAAGACUGAACAGUAAACCGCCACAGAGACAGUGACCAGCAUCAGGAGGCAAGAACUCCUGCUACUGUCCCUGAUUGAUUUCCUGCUCGACACACAUGAGUUUAAACCUGUUGAUUUGUAUGGAUGAGUUAACUGCAGACAUUUACGUAGAUUACACACAUGAAGAUACUGUUGCCAGAUAUCUGAUAUCUGACCAUUUAAUGAGGGAGCUGCUUGUGGAGGAGUCUAUCGACUCUGCUGUUCAUUUACAAGCAUUUUACUGACAUCUACUGGUGAACUGUGGUAACUGAACAAUAUAAUAUAUUAUUGAAAUAUACUUGACAGUAAAGUCAUGUUUUCACAAUACAACCAAAACCUAUAAGUCAGCCUAUCUUGGUUCAGCAGUCUUGAUUUUCCUGUAAAUCUGUUUCUUUAUUUUGUGUUAUGGUGAGGUGAAACUAUCACAGUCCCUUUUUAAUAGUUAAAACAGCCCUCAGGGUUUUUCAUGCUGAUCUAGAAAUAAUUUUACCCAUUUCCAGGCCUUGAAUUUGUGUCACAUAAGCUAAGAAAACUGCUUAACAGAAAUGUUUUUUAAGCUGCUCAUAUUUCACAGUCAGUACUGUAUAUUGUUCUAGAUUACUACUACUGUGGUUCUCAACCAAAGAUUGGGGGCUCCCAGAGGGACUUACUCAAAUAUUUGCCAAUUUUUUCUCUCAAAUAUUUGUCUUUAGUUUUAGCAGUCAGCCUCAUCUGACUGCAUAAAAGGAACUGAAUUUGGUGGAAAUUGGCCUAAUUACUCUCAGAUUGCUCAGCAAAUUUAUAAUUUAUGAUGAUUAGAUGAUUUUAAAGACAAACGGUUAUUUGGAUUUUCUUGUAGGUUCAGUAGAUUCUUUAUUUACUUGGCACAGACACCAUGAGACCAGGUUAUCUCUGUGGUUGUAUCUUUGUUUCUCUGUGUAACUGAUGCAGGAUCAGUCUGGCAGAAUCAGUUCGUCAUCGGCUGCUGUUCACUUUCUGGGGUAAAAUAAGAUAAGAACUGGUGAGCCAGUUUGAAUGUAAUUAAUAUGCAAACUGCAGAUCAAUUUCAGAAUUAAUUGUAUUAAAACCAACUUGAUGUGCAUAGUUGUAAAAAGGUAAAAUUAAAAAGGAAACCUUGA